UAUGGAACAGUUUGGACUGCAUCUUCAGCAGGUUUUCUUACAUCGACCGCAUUACAGAGUCGCGCUGUAAGAAGGGAUCACAGUCCUCCCUUUUCUUUUUCUUGAGCAACCAGCAGCAGCAAUUGUAAACCAGCAAACAUGCGUGAAUGCAUCUCUAUCCAUGUUGGCCAAGCUGGAGUUCAGAUUGGCAAUGCCUGCUGGGAGCUGUACUGUUUAGAACAUGGUAUCCAGCCUGAUGGACAGAUGCCCAGUGACAAAACCAUCGGCGGUGGAGAUGACUCAUUCAAUACCUUUUUUAGCGAGACUGGAGCUGGCAAGCACGUCCCCAGGGCAGUCUUUGUAGACUUGGAACCAACAGUUAUUGAUGAGGUACGCACUGGUACCUAUCGCCAGCUGUUCCACCCUGAGCAGCUUAUUACAGGAAAAGAAGAUGCUGCUAAUAAUUAUGCCCGAGGCCACUACACCAUUGGCAAAGAGAUCAUUGACCUGGUUCUGGACCGAAUUCGUAAGCUGGCUGACCAAUGUACAGGCUUACAAGGAUUCUUGGUCUUUCACAGCUUCGGUGGUGGCACAGGUUCUGGCUUCACAUCUCUGUUGAUGGAACGUCUAUCAGUUGAUUAUGGCAAGAAGUCUAAGUUGGAAUUCUCCAUCUACCCAGCUCCUCAGGUUUCCACAGCUGUGGUUGAGCCUUACAACUCCAUCCUGACCACACACACCACUCUAGAGCACUCAGACUGUGCCUUCAUGGUAGAUAAUGAGGCUAUUUAUGACAUCUGUCGUAGAAACCUAGACAUUGAGCGUCCAACCUACACCAACUUGAACAGGCUAAUUGGCCAGAUUGUGUCCUCUAUCACAGCCUCCCUUCGAUUUGAUGGUGCCCUAAAUGUAGAUCUGACAGAAUUCCAAACAAACUUGGUGCCCUACCCACGUAUCCACUUCCCUCUUGCCACAUAUGCUCCUGUUAUCUCUGCUGAGAAGGCAUAUCAUGAGCAGCUUUCUGUAGCUGAGAUUACAAAUGCCUGUUUUGAACCAGCUAAUCAGAUGGUGAAGUGUGACCCUCGCCAUGGCAAGUACAUGGCUUGUUGCCUGCUGUACCGUGGUGAUGUGGUGCCCAAAGAUGUAAAUGCUGCUAUUGCCACCAUUAAGACCAAACGUACUAUCCAGUUUGUGGACUGGUGCCCAACUGGUUUCAAGGUUGGUAUUAACUAUCAGCCUCCUACUGUGGUACCAGGGGGUGAUCUGGCUAAGGUGCAGCGUGCUGUGUGUAUGUUGAGCAACACCACUGCCAUAGCCGAAGCCUGGGCUCGUUUGGACCACAAGUUUGAUUUAAUGUAUGCCAAACGUGCUUUUGUCCAUUGGUAUGUAGGAGAGGGUAUGGAAGAAGGAGAGUUUUCAGAAGCCCGUGAGGAUAUGGCUGCUUUAGAGAAAGAUUAUGAGGAGGUUGGUGUUGACUCUGUGGAAGGUGAAGGGGAAGAAGAGGGUGAAGAGUAUUAAAGUCUUUCCACUUGGAGUUUUUUUCACAGAUGUCAAACACUUUUUGAAAUGAUCCUAUACUUCAGUAAAUUCUGGUCUCUUCUUUUUUUAAUUUGGCACUGUAUGCAUAUCUGAUACUAUGCUUUUCUGUAUGUUGAGUAAGUUAUGCUUCAGUGCUGAAAAAACAUCCAUUCCAUGUAUACAGGGGGUAUGAAUAAAAACAUUCCCUGCAUCUAA